ACUGCUCUCUGCAACAUCUCCUUCACCGUUCAGUGCUCUUCUCUAUGCCGCAGCACCAAAAGAACACAUAACCAUCUCGUAAUUUUGCUUCUUCAGCAUAAAGUUUGUAUCUUUUGCUUCUGGGUACUGCAGAAGGUUCGAUCUUGUGGGUUCUCGACUGGUUUUUGGGGAAAAAGAGGCCUUUUUUUGGGGUGUUUGUAAAUUCACUGCAAUUUUGGUGUUGCUUAAGAGUUUUUUUUGCUCAUUCUCAUCUUUUCUUUAGGACCAAAAUUCAAGGGGAAAGGGGGGUUGGAGGGAAAAUAUCUUCUGUCAUAAGAAAAAAUCUCAGACUUUUAAUUUAGAGACAAUGAUCCUGUUGGACAACGGGUGCGUACUGUGGAAGUGCUGCUCAUUGCUCAACAACAAAUCAAUAGUUGAUAAAAACUUUUAUUUUUGGAUUUUCCAGAUCUUUAAUAGGUACAGUUUUGGUACUUAGGAAGAAAUUCUGAGCAUUGUCUCCUGAUAAUUUUUGUUUUCUAUUGCACUUUCUAUCCUUUCUCUUUUUUCCUUUCUCAAGUUUUGGUAGAUUGUGGAGAGAAAAAAUGGGAGGGGCAUCUCUGCCGCCAGGUUUCCGAUUCCAUCCUACCGAUGAGGAAUUGAUGGGAUAUUACCUGAAAAGAAAAACCGAGGGACGUGGGUUCGAGCUUGAAGUGAUUCCUGUAAUUGAUUUAUACAAGUUUGAUCCAUGGGAGCUUCCAGAGAAAUCAUUCCUCCCGAACCGCGACAUGGAAUGGUUCUUCUUUUGUCUACGGGACAGAAAGUACCCGAAUGGCUCACGAUCAAAUAGAGCAACCAAAUCUGGCUACUGGAAAGCAACUGGAAAAGACCGUAAGGUCGUCUGCCAAUCUUCGGUGACUGGACAUCGAAAGACAUUAGUCUUCUACCGUGGACGGGCUCCCUUAGGGGAUAGGACGGAUUGGGUCAUGCAUGAGUAUCGGCUCUCUGAUGAGCAUCCCCAAGGAUCACUCGGUCUUCAGGGAGCUUUUGCACUGUGCCGGGUAAUUAAGAAGAACGAACAAACUUCAAAGACAAGCGAUUCCAAUGGAGAGCCGAAAGGCAAGAGGGUGGGAAGCUACUUGAGCCCAGUGGACAUCACCUCAGUUGACACAUCAAGUGAGCUUCCAAGCACCUCGAAUGACAUCUCACCUCAAGACAGUGGACUUUAUGACGAAAGUCGUAAUUCAAGCCCUAUACCUCCACCUGAAAUCAUAGAAAUAGCAGAUUCCGAACCAGCUUUAAUGCAGAACAAUCUUGUUAGCAUCUGGCAAUACCCUCAAGGACAAGGAUUGGAGUUUCAGCACUUCUCUCAGCAUGAGAUUCCAAGCUCUGCGGCUUCCUGGCAUUUGACCAAUGACAAAGAGACCUCGUCCUGUUUGGCAGACAAAGAGACCUCGUCCUGUUUGGCAGACAAAGAGACCUCGUCCUGUUUGGCAAAUUCGGAUUUAAUUGGGGAAGUCGAACUUGCGGAGGAACUCAGCCAAAUUAGCUGCAUGUCACCUUACUCGGGGCACGAGAACUAUGCCAGGUUUUGCCCAUAUGAAGAGAUCUCAUAUGAAGGCUAUGGAACUUGGGAACAAUCUCCAAUUUGCAGGCAAGCCAGUGGCGAUGGUGGCUCAGGUGACUUUGGGAAUCUAUGGAUGCAGGAAGACAACAUGACGAUUGUGAUGUAGUCAGCUGCUUUGCAGCAGUUAGUUACGUUAUUAUUGCUUUCUAGUAGUAUCUGAAGUGUGGUAUCCAAGAAGACGCCUUUUAAUGUUGGUUCUUGGAAAGUGACAAAGGAUGGGCGGUUCUUUGCAUCUGUGAUGGAAGGUUUUAUGGUCCGUAGGCAGCCUGGAGUUGGUUUGGUAUACCAAAUGGUUUAGGCGUCCCUUCUUAUUUCAAGUAUCGGAAUACUCCCCCUGGUGAUAAUGGCUUUUAUCAGUUACACCAGGAGAUGGUUUAGCUACAAGUAGGACUUCCAGUCUUGAUUAUCUCGCUCUCGUGGAAGCUUAUCCUUACAAAAGCUGCUCGCUGUUGUGAUAUUGAAGCUCGUACUGUGAAUUGAGGCGAAGGUUCUUUAAGGGGGGGAAUCUUUAUGUGUGUGCUGUUUCUUUGGUACCGGAAUAAUAUGACAUUUGUGUGAGAACAGUGUAUCGCUUAGGAAGUGAACUAGGAUGUCUUUAACGCCUGGCAAGCCAUAACAUGUUAUGGUAGUCAUUAGGUUUAUGGUUGCACAGCCUUUUGUGCUUACUGGUCCAGCAGGGGAAGCACACUUGUGCAAUUCUGAUUUCACCUGGC